AUUCUAUUUUCCAUUUUCCCACGCGAAUUGGUUUUCAGAUUUGAGGAGGAGGUUGAGAAAUUGGAUUUGGGAUCUCUUUUAUUUCUUUUUCACAACGAACUCCAAUAACAAUAGAGGGGGAGGAUGAGAAAUUUUAGAGAUUCAAAAUCACUCGCCUCUGUUAUUCUUCUUAAUAAUUCCUUAAUUUGUAACCAAAGCUUUGCUUAGCUUCCACGGUUUCCUCUUAUUGUACAUUAAGGCUUUCUCGAUAUUCGAUCUUCCCAGGAACGCUCUUCAGGGAGUUUAAGAAGGAUUUGAAGUAAAUUUGAAGCAGUAAUGUGGUUCAGUUACUUGAGGAAGAGGCUUCCUGGUGGGGACGCUGACAUUGAGAAUCAUGAAACAUCAGGUUUAAAUGAUUUAAAUGAACCUCUAUUGAAGUGUCGCAAUUAUGACGACAAACAUUCCGAGGGGCAUAGGUCAAAGGAAAUAACGGACGAAGAGCGAAGGAAGGUAGAUCUUCAGUGGGAAUCUUUGUUCUCCAACUCGAUUACGCAGUGGACAAACUGGAUGGCUAACAUUGUCCAAGGAUCUGGAACAUCUAUUGUGCAACUUUUUCGUGUACAUUUUAACAUCCAACAUGGACAAAACCAGAAAGUUGCUGCACCUGUUCUUAGUCUUUUACAGAAAGAGAGGCUGAAAAGGCUACAGAAACGACUAGAAGUCCCCUUUGAUGGAUCUCAGCUGGAGCAUCAAGAUGCUCUUUGGCAGUUAUGGAGAUUGGCUUACCCUAACAGGGAGCUUCCAUCUCUUAAAUCCGAGCUUUGGGGUGACAUGGGAUGGCAAGGGACGGACCCUUCAACAGAUUUUCGGGGCGGAGGAUUCAUAUCAUUGGAGAAUCUCAUCUUUUUUGCCAAGAACUAUCCGGAAUCUUUCCAGAGUUUGUUGCACAAAAAAGAUGGAAACCGGGCUGAUUGGGAAUAUCCGUUUGCUGUUGCAGGCAUCAAUAUUUCGUUUAUGUUGGUACAGAUGUUGAAUCUGCGAUCAGGAAAGCCAUCAAGCCUGGCUGGAAUCCGUUUUCUGCAACUACUCGGUGAAGAUGAAACAGCAUUCGACAAUCUUUUUUGUGUGGCCUUUCAGAUGAUGGAUGCACAAUGGCUCAUUAAACGAGCUUCAUACUUGGAUUUCAACGAUGUUCUGAAAUCAACAAGAAAACAGUUAAAGCGUGAACUCGAACUCGAUGGUGUCGCUAGCGUGAAAGAUCUACCGGCUUUUAAUAUGCUGAGAAGCAGAGAAGGCCGGGCCCGAGAAGCCAAGAUGCUUACCACUUAGAAUUGGCUGAACACUUUUGAGCAAGAUUUAUGGGGCAGUUCUACGGUACAACCUAAAAUUUAAGGUUAAAAAUCGGUAGAAAUGAGGUGCGACAAUAAAUGAGACAAAAACAUAACAUUCUUCAUAACAUUUUAAGUUGCAACUGAAAAUAUU